AUGGAGGCCUUUCAAAAUCGCCUCGACUCCUUCAAGCCCAAGAAAGUCAAGCAUGGAUCCAAGAAUGUGACUCUCAAAUGGCCCCACCCGGAACACUUCAAAGCAAACGCACAGUCACUUGCGGAGGCGGGGUUCUACUUUGACCCCAGUUUCGACGACAAGGAUGCGGUGAAAUGCUUCAUGUGCGGGAAAAUGUUGAGUGAAUGGGAGGAGGAGGAUGAUCCGUUUGAUAUUCACUGGUCGAAAUUUGUCUUCGGCGACAAGUCGCGUAUUCCAUCCUCGAAAGCUAUGGAAAAGGCUAGGCUAGCUACGUUCACAUCAGGGGACUGGUGGCCUCACGAUGCAACUGACGGACAUGGCGCCGCGUCAACAUCGAUGGCGCAAGCCGGCUUCGUGUACACUCCUCAGUUUCCGGGGGAUGACCUUGUGACUUGUCUCUACUGCCAGAUUUCACUGAGUGGAUGGGACGAGGAUGAUAAUCCUAUGGAGGAACAUCGCAAGCGAGACCGCAAAUCGCCCACACCAUGCCCAUUCUUCACUGCCACAGGCUCUAGUAAGCCCGCAUCCCGAGCCAGCACCAAGCCACGGCCCAAGGCUACUGGAUCUAAGACACAUAAACCCAAGGCGCCGUCACGAUCAGAAACAGUCGAGGAUAACGAGGAAGAGGACGAUGAAGCGCCAGCAGCUGUCAUGAAAGGUGCGAAGACACCAAGGAAGCCACGAGGGACUACACCAUCGACGGCAAAGACACCGGGCACUUUAAAACGAACCAAGUCUAAGCGUGUAAUAGCUGAGGAGGAGGACGAGGAAGCCGAAGCCGAAGAACUUCCCAAACCACCUGUGGCCAAACCGAGUAAGUCGCGAGGGAAAUUGAAACAAGUUUAUGAAGAUGUGGAGGAGGAUGUUGUUGAAGAACCGGAAGAAUCUAAACCUCGCAUGACCCGUCGACAAUCUACUCGGACUCGUUCGAAAUCAAGAGCACCAGACGAAGAGGUGAUGGAAGUGGAACCCUUGGAUAUUCCCAAACGACAGAAGAAAGCCCCGACGAAGGUCACACCUCCGGGCAGUGAUUCUGAAUCAUCUCCAGCUGCUGAGUCCUCGCGCCCUCCAUCCACGCGUACUACCUCAAAGUCUCGUGCCAAAACUGCCCCACCCGAUGAAGGUGAAGUCAUUGAGUCGCAACCUCCGCGUCGGCAACCUCCUGCUAGGCCUACCAAUGGGCACGCUCGGAAGCCUUCACGUUCGCAGUCUAAGCCCAAGGUGAUACCGGAACCGGAGCAAGUGGAGGAACCCCCCGCACCAGCCCCGCCUAAGAAAUCCUCUCGAACUAAAGCGACGCCCAUGCCGGAACCCAUCCAGCAAGAAAGUGACGAAGAAGCCGUGGGGCCUAUACCCGCAACAAAACCCAAAGGUAAAUCAAAGGCUGCGAAGAGUGUGCCCAAAGUCAAAGAGCCGCGCCAGCAGGUCAAGGCUCGUGCAACCCAGCAGCCUGACGAGGACGAGGUAGACGAUCCACAAUCAACAUAUGAAGAUGCUAUGGAAGUCAUGGACGAACCCGAACUGUCGCCAGACCUGGGACAGCCGGAUGACAGUGAACCUGUCUCGUCACAACCUGUAUCGCCCGCGAUCACCCAGAAGCCUCCAGGCGUACGUCCAGAAUCCAACCAAGAAGAUCAGGACCUUAAGAAAGUGAGGGCCUCGCCAGAGCCACCUGUUAGCGUUCUGAAGAUUGGUCCUCCUAAAUCCCAGAAACGAACGAAACCGGCCUCGUCUCGAGCAGCCCCGCCGUCAUCCACCUCGUCCUCCACUUCACAACGACCGGCCGUAUCAACUAAUUCCGAUACCUCGCAGAAACCAAGCCACGUAGUAGAGAUUCUCUCAGAUGACGACGAAGACCCUCCUACCGCUCCUUCCCCCCCUUUGUUGACUACCACAAAGCCCAAGCCGUUGGCGCCGUCGAAAGCUCAGAAACUGGUCAUGGAAGUCGUUCUCCCCCUUCCUCCAAAAGAAGCGCAAACUCUAGUAGCUGACGUCCAAAUGGCGGAUGACCGGGUAAUCGCCCAGACCUCAAACAUUAAGUCAGAUACGGACGAGGAUAUCAAACCCAGGGUAUCGCCACCCAUCCCACAGACUCCUCGUCCGGACGUGCCCUUAGAAGCUGAUAUGAACGGGUCUCCCGAGCCCGACACGACAGCGGAUGCUCCACUUCCUCCCUUGCCAUCCUUCCAUCCUCCUCUAUCAACGAUGCCAUUCCAGCAACUCGAUCAGCUUACAGAAGCUGAGUUGGAUAUGACCGUAGAAGAAUGGAUUCGCUAUCAGAUGAGCAUUGAAUACGGCAAGUUUAAACGCGAUGGGGAACGCGAAAUCAAUCGCUUUAAGGAGAGGGCUGAGGAAGUGCGUCGCGCCAUCGCGGCCCUGUAA